UUGAAAAUGGCCACCGCUGCACUUCCUCUCAAAGCCUCACUGUCCUCUUCCAAAAGAGCACCCAUCAAUGUGUCCAAUCCGAGAGAGGUACACAGUGUGAACGAAAGAGGAAGCACAGAACAUACAAAUCGCGACGGACUGCUGAUCAAAGCGGACCUUCAUCCUCCUUGAUCAAAGAUCCAGUGCAGGCCAGCCAACGAGAGACAGAGAUCAGGAAUGGGAGGGUCAAGCUCCAGGGAACAGGAGGCAGAGACUGAGACCUCCUCAUUCUUCACACAGGAAGAACUGAGCAAACUAAAGUCUGAUUUUGAAACAGGUGGGGUGAAAAAAGUUAAACUACUGAUAGAGAAGAAAGUAACUGACCUGGACAAAACAGAGCUUAACAUCGCAGUGACGGGAGAAUCAGGUACAGGAAAAUCCACCUUCAUCAAUGCCAUGAGAGGACUUCGGAAGGAUGAUCCGGGAGCAGCUAAAUCUGGGACCACAGAAACAUCAAUGGAGCCAACCGGGUACUCACAUCCCACUCUGCCCAAUGUUCGCUAUUGGGACCUGCCAGGGAUGGGAACCACACAAUUCACAGCAGCUAAAUAUCUCAGAAAAAUGAAAUUCAAAAGAUAUGAUUUCUUUAUCAUCAUCUCCAAUUGUCGAUUCAAAGAAAAUGAUGUAAAACUUGCCAAAGAGAUUAAAAGGCUGGGGAAACAAUUCUACUUUAUCCGCUCUAAGAUUGAUGCUGAGAUUUAUUCCAUGAAGAAAGAAGAGAAAGUUAUUAAUGAAAAGUUAUUAAUGAAAGUUAUUAAUAAAGAGCUGGAAAAGAUUCGGAAUGACACUGUCAAGAGAUUGACAGACGCAGGGUUUCCGGAUCCAGCUGUGUUCCUGAUAUCCAGUUUAGAGCCGGAUCGUUUUGAUUUCAUUCGGUUAAAUGAAGGACUCGAAGGUGAUCUAAAUAAUAUAAAGAAAAGGAUAUUUGUCCUGAACCUUCCAAAUCUAAAUGUGGAGAUAGUUCAGAAGAAAUAUAAGAUUCUGAGUAAAUUUAUCUGGAUGUUUGCAGCACUCUCUGGGGCCUGUGGAGCGGCCCCAGUUCCCGGCUUCUCUCUCGCUUGUGAUACUAGUAUAUUGAUUGGAGCCAUUGUCUAUUUUCGGAAAUGCCUGGGUCUGGAUGAUGCUUCUCUUCAACGACUGGCCAAGAGAGCAGGAAAACCUGUGGAAGAGCUGAAGGCGAUUGUAAAAGGUCCACUGCUGGGGGAAAUAAGCACAGAUGUAAUUAUGAGGUUAUCCUGGGGUGCUGCUGCUGUUACCAUUUCAGCUGUGGAAUUCGCUCUCAACUUUGUCCCAGUUAUCGGCAGCAUUUUUGGAGCAAGCUCAUCAUUUCUCAUGACGUUCAAGAUACUGAGUGAUGCAUUGAAUGAUCUUACAGAGAAUGCAGAGAGAGUGGUGAAAGUUGCCUUUGAAACUGAUUAACUGAGCUGUACAAACAUCUAAACAGUGAAUUUAUAUCAUGCCAUGGUUAAUAAUUUGAUGGUAUCUAAUACCAAAUCCUGCUGUUAUUCUACUCGAUAAUGUUCACUUCGACUACAUUUGUUCCUGGAACUGUUUCUUAUUCAUUACUGAAGUGGGUUGGCAGCCUUUGAAUUAAACUUUAAAAUUAAGCUACAUCUGCCUUCAGAAGUGCACGUGAAGGAUUUACCAAUAAACAUUUGCAUAUAGAAGGCACAGCUGGGAGAGGGGGAGUUUCAAGAUGGCGACGUAAACAACUGCCUUUUAGGCGCUCUUCAUUUUUUCAACUAUAAUCACCCCUUAAUUAAAUCUUUUCGAAUUUAAUCACAUGGGUUGAUACUUUUGAUUAACUUUUUCUUCCUAAAAUAAUAUUUGAUCUAAUCUUGUCAAACUUAAAAUGGCUACAAGCAAGAAAUCGGCUAAGGAUCCUGUAUUCAUCGACGCAAUUUCUACUCUUCUGGACGCUAAACUGGAUACUAAACUUUCGGGUCUGGAAGGCAGAUUAGAUGGUAGACUGGGAAGCAGACUGACAAGUUUGGAAAAUAAACUUACCAGGAAAAUAUCCGAACUUGAAGAAGCUGAUAGAUCGCUUGAAAUUAAACUUCAAUCGCAGGCAUCAGACAUUCAGCGGAAUGAAGAUAAGAUCGUGACUCUUGAAAAAUCAAUUUGUGAAAAAGUACAUACAAUCGAAGCGCUGGAGAAAAAGGUAGAGUCGAAUGCUAAAACUAUGGAUCAAUAUAAGUUUAAAAUUACUGAUCUCGAAAAUUGAUCUCGUAGACAGAAUUUGCGUAUCAUCGGGUUUCCUGAAAAAGUUGAGUCCGGUGAUUUAACUGAAUUUUUCUCUAAAUUACUAUGGGAAACUUUCAGUGCAGAAGGUUUGCAAUCUAAACCUGUUAUCGAUCGUGCUCAUAGAGUUACGAGAUUUUCGGCUCUGUCUGAUAAACCACGAGCGGUGAUUGUUCGCCUCCAUUAUCCUCGGGAGAAAGAGCUUUUAAUUCGAUUAGCUCGUAAAAAAGGUAUGAUUCCUUAUAACACCAAUGCAUUUCGAAUUGUUGAAGAUUACUCAUACGAUGUAAUAAGAUCAAGAAUCGCUUUUAAACCAGUGAUGGCAGAGAUCCACUUGAUUGGACUUAAACAAGCUUUAAUGUAUCCAGCGAAGCUCAGAAUUACGCUGAACGACAACACUCAGCAAUUUUUCAAAACCCCAGAAGAAGCGAAGAAAUUUGUUGAAGAUUAUAGAUCUUCUAGUGCAACUUGAACUAUGUGUCAUGUUGAAGAUUCCUCGGAGAGAGGGUGCCAUCUCAUUUUAAGUAACCUACGAAGUUGGGUUAUAAUUUUCUAUCCCGUUCUACGGGUCUGAUUCCUAUUUUUUUUACUAUUAUCACUGUUUUAUGGAUGCUUUUUUAACUUUUACAAUAUUUUUUAUUCUUUUUUCCGUUUCAGAUAUAUGCAUCUGUAUCUUGUAAUAAUGAUUUAUUUUUUUCAAGAUGUUGUUUCUUCUUCCCAUAAGACUUUGCUUCAAAAUGUCAUUUCUUCUUCCCAUAAAUCUUUG